GUGGGCAGCGGGUUUGGGAGACCCUCUGAGCCGCGCCCCCGCGGCUGCCGGGGCGAGCUGGGGCCCAAAGCCGGCUGCGGGGCCAGGAGGUGACGGACGGACAAACGGACGCGCCGGGAGGUGACAGCGGCGCCCGCCCGUCCCCGCCGCUCCCCCGGCAUGGCAGCAAAGCGGAUCCCGCAGUCCCGGGGGCCAAGGCGGCCCUCGGGCAGGAUGUUCCCCGCGCCGGGCUGCAGGAGGGGCUUCCCCAGGGAGCCUGCCCCGUGGUGGGAUGGGCCCUGGCCGUGUCCCCCUGCCGGCCCCGAGGACGCCUGGGAUGGGCCACCAUGGGACGGGCCACCCCGGAAUGGGCCACCAUGGGAUGGGCCACCAUGGGACGGACCACCAUGGGACAGGCCACCCCGGAAUGGGCCACCCCGGGACGGACCACCAUGGGACAGGCCACCCCGGAAUGGGCCACCCCGGGACGGGCCACCAUGGGACAGGCCACCCCAGGACGGGCCACCCCGGAAUGGGCCACCAUGGGACGGGCCACCCCGGGACGGGCCACCCUGGAAUGGGCCACCAUGGGACAGGCCACCCCGGAAUGGGCCACCCCGGGACGGACCACCAUGGGACAGGCCACCCCGGGAUGGGCCACCCCAGGACGGGCCACCCCGGGACGGGCCACCCCAGAAUGAGCCACCCCAGGAUGGGCCACCAUGGGACAGGCCACCCCAGGACAGGCCACCCCAGAAUGGGCCACCCUGCGAUGGGCCACCCCGGAAUGGGCCACCCCAGAAUGGGCCACCAUGGGACAGGCCACCCCAGGAUGGGCCACCUCGGGACGGGCCACCCCGGAAUGGGCCACCCCGGGACGGGCCACCCUGCGAUGGGCCACCCCAGGACAGGCCACCCCGGGAUGGACCACCCCGCAAUGGGCCACCCUGCAAUGGGCCACCAUGGGACCAGCCACCCCAGGACGGGCCACCCCGGCAUGGGCCACCCUGCGAUGGGCCACCCCGGCAUGGACCACCCCGGGAUGGGCCACCCUGGGACCAGCCACCCUGCGAUGGGCCACCCUGGGAACACCAGCACAGGAGUCGUCAGCACAGGAGGCACCCGCCCAGUCCCAGAGCCCCCAGACCCUUCCCUGGCCCCGGUGACGUCCCGUGGCAGGAGGAGGAGGAGGACAGGAGGUGGGCACGCCACGACUGUCCCCUGCCACCCCCUUGGGAUGGCAGAGAAGCCAUGCCAGGCCCUGAGGACAGCUUUGGAGAAAUCUGGUACCAGGAUGGGCUGCCUGACCGCUGGCCCGAAUUCCCCGAGGAGGAGCAGCCCCCGCCCGGGCCCCCCGCCGGCCCUCCAGGGAAUCCAGGGACUUUCCGGGAGCACCGCCCGCCCUGGAGCCAUCGCCGUGCCGGGAGACGCCCGAGCCACCUCCGGCACCUGAUGCUGGUGCCCCGGGCGUGGUGUCCCCGACCCCCGCGAGGGCACAAGCCUCGCUCCAAGCCCUCCUCCCCUGCCCACUUCAAGAGGAGCCAGCCGGCGGCCAGGAAGGAGCUGCAGCCCCCGGAGCCUCCCCAGCCCCCUGCUCCUCUCCAAGGUGCCGCGGGGAGGCCGGAACAGCCGCAGGAUGUGCCAGCGGCGACUGGGAACGGCCUGGAGCCCCCCAGUCCUGCCAGGAGCCCUCAGGAGAGCCCGGCUGCCGAUCCCGGUGCUGCGGAGCCGCCGGUAGGAGUCCCUCGUCCCAGGGGUGCUCCCAGCUCUGGAGCUGCCUGGCUCAGGGGUCUCCUGGGCUGCUGUGACAUCUCCCUCCUCCCUCAUCCAGCCUUUCCCCUCUCCGCCUCGCUGUCUCUUUGCCAGGCAUGGAAUUUUUCCGGGCUCUUCUCCGGUUUCCUGUGGGUUUUUGCGCCCUGUCCAUCCCAUCCCGGGACAGACACGUGUCCUCACGCCAUUGCCUGUCCCCAGGUGGAGCUGGAAGCUGGGCAGAUCCCUGUGGGCAGCCAGGAUCAGGAUCCCCGUGCUUCAGCAACAGAUCCAGCCCCUCCAGAGGAGACCUCCAGCUGUCCUGAGAUCCAGGAGCGCCUUGAGGUAGAGCCGUGCAGCCCUGGUGUCCCCAAGGCCGGCGGCGGUCACGGGUCACCUCCCCAGAGCCCAGCAGCCCCUCCAGACCCUGCCAAGAGGGAGCUCCUGGAACCCAGCUGCUCUGGAGAGGCAGGGGCUGAGCUCAGCCCACGUUCCUGGGAGCAGCCGCCGCGUGGAGCUGGGGAAGCCGAGGCAGAAGCUGCCCAGGAUGGGCCUCUGCAGAGCCUUCAGCCACCCGAAGAGCCUCAGCUUCCUCCAGGAUCUGCAGCAGAAGCCGAGGCUCAGCCCUGCCAGGCUUCUCCUGGUGCCCGCACCACACCAGAGCCCUGCCCGGGGCCCCAGCACCCGCCUGGGGCCGGUGAGACAAAUCCGGCUGUGUCUGGCCAGCACCAGCUCUGCUCCGUGCUCCCGACGCCGUUCCCGGCCGGCAUCGAUUCCCGCUCCGCCGCCGUCCUCAGAAGGAAGGCAAAGAUCGAGCUGUCGUACCAGCAGUUCAGCCUGAGCAUCGCCGUGGUGGCCACGAUGCUGCUGCAGAAGGAGCCCUCGAUGGAGGAGGCGCUGGGGCUGGCGCUCAGGGCCAACCUCCGCCAGUGCCGCAUGCACCACCUGCAGCAGCUGGAGGAUUUCAUCGACAGCCUCGACUCGGACACCGCCGGCCUCUGACGGCAGCCACCCCGUCCUGCCAGCUGGCUGGGGGUGAUGGGGGCUGUGACAGGGCUGUGACAGCGCUCUGGGGUGCUCAGGAGGGUGCUGAGCCUGCGGGACAGGGUGGGAGAUGUUGGCAGCCCCACUCUGUCUCUUGGAGAAGGAGGGGUGAGCAGGAUAUGUUUGGGUUUAGCCCUGCCCAAACCCCUGAGGACAGCAAAAGUGUUACUGGUUUUACUGGAGGGAGGGCAGCAGUCCCUCUCCUCCAUUCCUGAUUGCCAGGAAUGUGUCCCCAAACCCCAGCGAGUGUUUUUGGGUUUAAAUCUACAAAUAAACCGCGUCCUCUUUGCA